AUGGGGAGGAGGAUCAUGACACGGAACAGCUGGAGGAAACAAGUGAGCAGGAUAGUGAAGGAGAACAGGGGGAGCGGGAAACCUAGGGAGUUCAUUGCCGAGUCUCCACACUCGAGCUCGUCCUUCCCCUCAGAGGCAGAGUCAUCCAGUGGACACCUGUUACAUGGCACCAGCUUGGAUUCGCGUCCUUCCAAUAAAGAGCAUAGCAGAAGCCUGGCAUCCUUCCCCUCGCGUAUACAUGUCCCAGGUCCAUGUGAUCCAGAGGACCUGAUUGAUGGCAUCAUCUUUGCAACAAACUACCUGGGCUCAACCCAGUUGCUGUCUGACAAGACACCCUCGAAGAACAUACGCAUGAUGCAAGCCCAGCAGGCUGUCAGCCGUAUCAAGAGACCCAAGGACGAGCCUCAGUCCAUGACAGAGGUGGACCUCUUUAUCUCUACCCAGCGGAUUCAAGUGCUCAGCACUGACUGCCAGGAAUCUCUGGUGAACUACCCUCUGCGGACCAUCUCCUACAUCACUGACAUUGGGAACAUCGUGGCUUUGAUGGCCCGGUGCCGUGUGCCACGACAAGAAUCUCAGGAGAACAUAGAGGCCUCAAACCAGGACAAUAAGCGCCAGUACAAGAUGAUGUGCCACUUGUUUGAAUCCGAGGAUGCCCAGAUGAUUGCCCAGGCGAUCGGGCAGGCUUUUGGCGUCGCUUAUCAAGAGUUUUUUAGGGCCAGCGGCAUCGACCCUGAAGACCUGAGCCAGAAGGACUAUGGAGACCUGCUGAACACUCAGGACAUGAAUAAUGAUGACCUCAUCCACUUCAAAUCUGAAAACUGUCAGGAUGUGUACAUAGAGAAGGCCAAAGGGGAGAUUCUUGGCGUGGUCAUUGUUGAGAGUGGAUGGGGCUCCAUCCUGCCCACAGUUAUCAUUGCCAACAUGAUGCAUGCUGGACCAGCUGAAAGGUCUGGCUGUCUCAACAUUGGAGACCAGAUCAUGUCCAUCAACGGAACUAGUCUGGUGGGACUGCCUCUUCCCACGUGUCAGAAUAUCAUUAAGGAUCUAAGGAAUCAGUCCUGUAUCGAAAUGAAUGUCGUCAGAUGUCCCCCGGUGACCACUGUACUCAUCAAACGCCCGGAUGUCCGCUACCAGUUGGGAUUCAGUGUUAAGAACGGCAUUAUCUGUAGCCUUAUGCGUGGGGGCAUUGCUGAGCGAGGCGGUGUGAGGGUGGGUCACUGCAUUAUUGAGAUCAACAGUCAGAGUGUGGUGGCCACCUCGCAUGAGAAGAUUGUCCACAUCCUGUCAAGUGCUGUGGGAGAGAUCCACAUGAAGACGAUGCCAGUGGCCAUGUUCCGGCUGCUAACUGCCCAGGAGGAGUCUGUUUACAUCUAA